GAUGACACAGUCUCGCGAGAUGAGAUUUAUGACGUCUGGAAUUGCUGUCCGGACGGAGUCAAGGAGCUAGGCGUUAAAAGCACUGCGGGACUUUUAAAUAGCGAUUCGGGACUUCUUGCUGUAUUAACAAAAGAGGGACUGACUCAGGAAAAGGACUGUUGGGCGAAAAAUAAAACUUACAGAUCAUGUCUCAACCGACGAAACAUUUACAUGGGAUUUUGCACCCUGUAACAAAAGCUCAAGGUGGGAAUUUUCUCGUGGCUGUAAAACAGGAAAAAGCAGAAGUCCAAAGAGCUGGUGAUAAGAGCACUGGGGGUGAAGAAGAGCCUGUAAAGAAACGGGGAUGGCCAAAAGGAAAAAAAAGAAAAAAGAUCCUGCCCAAUGGCCCCAAAGCUCCAGUGACAGGUUAUGUUCGUUUUUUAAAUGAGAGACGAGAGCAGAUUCGAGCACAGCAUCCAGAUCUUCCUUUCCCUGAGAUUACAAAGAUGCUUGGAGCAGAGUGGAGCACACUGCCACCACAUGAAAAGCAGAGAUACUUAGAUGAGGCUGAGAGGGAUAAGCAGCAGUAUAUGAAAGAGCUUCGAGAAUACCAGCAAUCAGAGUCAUACAAGAUGUGUGCAGAAAAGAUCCAAGAGAAAAAAAUUAAAAAAGAAGAAACCAGCGUGGCAGCUGUCAGUACCUUGUUAAAUGGACACACACAGAAAACUGGUGAUUCCCAGGCUGAUGGAUUUUCAACUUUUGAUGUGACUAUAUUUACAGAAGAGUUUCUGGAUCAGAACAAAGUCCGUGAAGCCGAGCUAAGAAGACUGCGUAAGAUGAAUAUGGAGUUUGAGGAGCAGAAUGCUAUCUUACAGCGACACACAGAAAGCAUGAAUUGUGCCAAGGAGAGGCUAGAACAAGAACUUGCACAGGAGGAAAGACAAACAAUGGUUCUUCAACAGCAGCUUCAAACUAUACGCCAGAUUUUAUUGUCUAGCUUUUCUUCCUUGCCAAUUCCAGGUACAGGGGAGACACCAACGUUAGGAAAUCUUGAUGUGUACAUGGCCAAACUUCAUAAUCUGAUAGAGGUUAACCCAACUCAACAUGAAAAACUGGUUAUCAAGAUAAAAGAGGUUUUGGCCAGGAUAAACAGUGACCACCUUUGAUAUGGAAAGUGGCCGAAGCAGAGAAAACCUCUCUCAGGUCUUCAAGAUUCUAUAAAAACAGGACAGGAAGGUGUCUGACUGUGUGUAAUGGGGAACAGUGACUGGGAUAUAGGAAAUAAAUGGGAAAAAAAAUGUGAAGGAACAUAAGAGUAGCAACAGAAUGAGUAGCAGACUUUAUGCUCAAAAUAUUGGCCAUGCCUUUUCAGUUAUACAAUUCCUUACUAUUUAUACAAAAAAAUUAAUUUGCCCUAUAUAUACAUAGCAGCUCUGUCUGUCUACUCACACAAUAAAUAUUUUAGCUUAAUUUGUUGGUCUAGAAUUGGGUUACUGCGUUAAAUCUGUUAUCAAGCAGAUAAAAUACUUAAGUACAAAUAUACAUAUUUUCAAUAAUCAAGCUUUAAAAUAAGAUUUCAAAUGUUAUUAAAAAACAAAAAUAUCAGAAAAGAAAUAUAAAAAAGAGAGAAACACCUCACAUUGUACAAAACUGACAACUGUGCAAGUCAACAUGUGCACUACUAUAUUUAAUGCAAUUUUCUAGAUAUUUUGAGAAUCAAAUAUGACAAUAAAAGCAGGAUCCAUAAUAUGUAAUUAAACAAAUACCUGCACAAUUUAUUAUUUGUUCAUUGGUUGUUUAACCCAGUUUUCAUAAUAAGCCAUAAUGUAAUUGUAAUUAGAAUUCAGAACUGCACUUUCCUUUCUUUUGGCAGAUUAAUGGACAGUUUAAGGUGAAUUCUAGUUUGAAAGUUGUUUAUUUAUAUAUGGAAAAGGUAACAUAGAUCUUGAAGAAAUGCUCUGUCUAAGUAAAUAUAAAAUGGUAUAAAAUGAAACAUUACAAAUAACUGGAAUGUACUGUCAACUAUCAACGUGUCAAUAAAGGCUCUUAACACUAUGAUUAAUUUUGCUCCAUUUUGUCCUUAUAUGUACUAUGUCUGACCUAUCCAGAAAGUAGAUCAUGAAAUGUAGAGAUAAUGAGAUUUAGUUAAACACAGAGAAUUACAGAUAAAUUAGGCCAGGCCAAUUUAUAUAAAACAAUAUAAGACAUUGCAGAAUAUCUCACUGAUUUCUCUGGAACAUUUGUGUUGUUCUGGCUUAAAAUAGUUUGUUCAUACAAUAAAUAUUUUGUUCUGGUUUCAACAAUGAAUCAAACUCUGUAUGCUUCAUGGAAGAGUUAUGUGGCUUAGAGCCGGUUGAAUACUACAAAUAAAUGUGGGUACUAAUUUAAAGAAGUAUCUUGAAUAUACGUUGUGUUGAGCAUGGGAUCCAUUCUUUUUUGUCUUCUUUUCUGUUUCUUAUUUUCUUUCUUCCUUUUUAUUAUUUUUUUUGUUGUCUGGUUCUACAAUGGUGCACAAAGCAACGCUGCAUUUUGAAUUGUAAUAUAUACAAUGUGUGAUCACAAACGUUAUAAUUGUGAAAAUGUAACUGAUUGUUAUGUGAACCGGAAGAAAAAUAAAAAUGUUUUGAGUAAAACAA